AUGCCUGCUCUGUUUGACUGCUUUCAGAAAGCAGUCGUGCUGCUCACCUCCACUAAUUACAGGACCCCCAUUGGUUGGACGGAUGGCAGUGCUGGAGCCAAUCCUGGAGCGCCUACCAGCACGCCGGAGCCGAAGCACAUUAAACUCAAAAUGGCCCGUUUUGGACGACCAUCAUUUUCUCUGAUCCACACAGGACUCCUGUUAGCUAUUGUUUUAUUACCAGAGUUUCUGGGGGCCGUUCCAGUGGAGCAGCACAAGGAGGAGGAAGUGCAUGCAGAGUCUGAAGAUGUGAAAGAACAGGCCAUGGCGAGCAUGACCAAACUUGUUCGUAACAGAAGGAACCUCCCCGUCUUGCCUGUGCCCCAGUUUAAACGCCUGCCGGACUUCUGGGGAUGGUACAAGUACUUCAUGGACAGCCACAACCAGGAGGGAUUGGAGGAUCUGGAUCGUCUGUACAUGGCGUUCUUGCAGAACAAGCACAGGUCAGAGGAGGGCCCUACCUUCAACCACUACCUCAAGCACCUCAGUGAAAUCUACAAGACCUGUGCUGACUCUGAUGAUCCAGAGUGCAUCGCCGAGUCCACCAGCAAGCCAAAGGCUGCCAUGAUGAUGCCUGAGACCAUAAAGUCUGCUUCUGUCAGGAUGUGCAAUCCUUACCUCGACCCCUACUGUCUCUUCCCCCUCCUUCCCAAGGCAGCCGCCCCUGAGCCAGCUCCAGCCAAGGUCCCAGCCCCCAUCCUCACCCCCAUGCUGCCCAUGCCACUGAAGAGCCCCACCGGCUUCUACUACUACGCCCCCGUCCUGGAGCCCUUCUUGAGUGCCGAGCAGAGGACUGAGCUGCUGAGGAUCUGCAAUUCUGAAGAUGUAGAGUGUCUGCAGUAUCACCUGAGGGCAGCUUAUGGUUACCGCCCAGCCCCUGGCCCUGCCCCAUCCUAUGCCGCCCUCAAAUGUGACCCAAAGAACCCCUACUGCAUGCCAUCCCUGGUGCAAAAAGCCCCCACCGGUUUCUACCACUUGGUCUACCCAAGCUGUGACCCAGCAGUUGAUCCCCUGUGUGUGACCAACGUUGCUGCUCCAGCUCCCCUCGCUGGAGAGGAAGCUCCUAAAGAACAACAAUGCAACCCUCUCUUUGAUGCCGACUGCAACCCCUUGACCGCCACCAAGCUGUCUGGCCUCACCAAGCCCGUGCUGGAGUAUGCCCCCAAACACGAGCCUGCACCUCCUGCUGCUCCUCUGUCCUGCGACCCUCGCUAUGACCCAUACUGCAUACUGGCAGCCGCCGCUGCCCUGCGCAAGCCUGCUCCGAAGAUCCCCGAACACCAGGUCCGCUACAAGCUUGGAGUCCCCGGCAAGACCAAGGAUGGCCACGACUGCUUUGUGCACUAUGACAAAGACUGCACCCCAGUGAAGUCUGGCUCUGAGGCCAAGGCUGACAUCAAGGCUCCAGCCAAGCCCGCCUGCCAUCCAUUCGACCCAAACUGCGGAAAGUUUGCUGCGCCCUCUGGCAUUUUUGCCUCGAAGCCCAGCAAGGAUGGCAUAAUCAUGCCCGACCCUGACUGCGAUCCUGAGUUCGACUACAACUGCCGCCUGCGACGCGCUGAGCCUGCAGAAGCUGCUGAUGAGCCUGCAGCAGCUGCCGCUGUUGAGGAGAAGGCUGCUGAUGAGCCCGCCAAGGAGGCCCCUGUCCCACGAUUUGAAGACUUCCUUAGAGAUUUCAUGAGCCAGCACAAGUAA